CCUCACCUGUCUGGACUGUGCUCCUCUCCUGGUUUUGUUUCGAGCUCCUCAGAUCUGCAGCUGUUGAGUUGUGAGGUGUUGUGGACACGAUGCCUCGUCUUCCCCCCAUCUACACCGACUUCUUCUUCCACCCUCUGACGGAGGACGUGGAGGAGCUGCUGGCUCGCUUCCAGCACGCCGACUCUGUGAGGUACGAGGUGUUUUCAGCCAUCUGGAGGAACAUGGGCCUCUCUGAUGUCUUCUUGGGCUGCGCAGGUGUGAGUGAGAAGAAGAGGUUCAGCAGAGUGACACUAGCCACAGCCAUGAAGUACUUCCUGUCUCCGUACAGCUACCAAAUCCGAGUGGGAGGCCUGUACCUGAUGUUCGGUUUCUACCACACGCAGCCCGCUGUUCCACCUGUGAAGAUCAGACUGGCCCUGCAGUACUGGGACCAGGUGCAGAAGUUCCUGAAGGAUUCUGUGGAAGCUGGGCAUCAUGAUGUGCUUUACAUCUACAAGAAGCUGGUGUCCAUCAAAGCCAUACACUACACCGCCAUGCCUCACUUCCUGUCCUUCAUAAAGCAGAGGAAGCCAAAGAAGGAGCCGGUGUGUGCAGGGUUUCUGGGGAGGGCCACGGCCGUGCAGGAGCUCGUCUCCGCAGACUUCCUGGAGGAGAUGACCAACGUCCAGGCCCAGUAUGAGACGCUGAAGGAGGCCACGGUGGAGGUCAGCAGCCAGGUCACCAUGACGCAGCAAGACUUUGCCUCCCACCUGAAGGAUACCAUGUCAGAGUUCCUCACAUGGCAGCAGAAGACGUUCUCACAAAACGGCAAAGACAAGAACUCUGGAGACGACGAGGAGGACGAGAAACCAGAUGAGGAGUCCAGCAGCAGGGCCAGGCUCCUGUGCUCCAUCAAGAACAAGAGCUACAGCGGUGUCCAAGAGGUGUCCAAGGCCCGGAGGCACCGCCAGACCCAGGUGGUGGAGUCCUCGAGGGCGGAGCACAAUCAGGAGACUGGGGCUAGCCACAAAAAGAGGCCCCCGUCCCUGAGGGCCCGGACCAGGCAGAACCUCAGGGUGGUGCCGGAGAAGAACAAGCUCAACGCCUGGCUCCUCACUGCUCCUGAGAAGCCGACGGGGGACCAGUGAAGAGGAGACGACCCGACAGCACCGCUCAGACCGUGAUGGGAGGGAAGGAGGGCGACAGGUUCAACCCGGCUCGGUUCAUUUAAAAUAAAGAGUUUACUUUUCUAUAGAGUUGGAUUUGAGUUGAUUUGUUGAUGUUGUUUGUUCAGUUAUUGUAUAAAAAAAUAUUACAUUGG